UGAAAACAAAAGCCUACUGGUUGUAAAAAAAAAGUGUUAAUAAAUUUAAAAUAUGUCGUCGAAUCAAAAGCACUGUCGUGUUUGGAGCCGUUUCGAACGUAGUAGGAAGAAAGACGGUAGUGUUUUAAAAUUUCGAAUUCAAAAUCCACCAAGCUCAGUUCAAGACAGUGUAAAUGAAUUUAUAGUUAAAUAUUUUCUAACAGAAGAGACAUUUCAAAAGGCAGCAGGUAUUAGUUCUAAUCCUGAAGCUGUAGAAGAAUAUCGUAGUAUUUUGAAAGAAGUAAUAAAAUCAUGGACCGUUGUUAUUUGCUGCUACGAUAAUGAUAGCGAAGAGGUUGGUGACAUUCUCGGAGUGUCCAUAGUAGAGUUGGCUGAAGGUGAAUCAUUUGAUAGUCAAUUGCAGUUACAGAUGGACGAAAAUCGAAAAUUAUUUCAAAUAGCUACUGAGUGCGAAAAAUUAAUUAAACCACUAAUGAAAGACCUUAAAGGCUAUCACAGUGGAAGAGGAAUCAUAGUUCAUCCUGACUGUAGAUGCCUUGGAAUCGCAACUGAAUUUGUGAAGAUAAGACGACAGAUGAUAAACGAACAAAAUGUUCCGAUGUCUUGUGCGUGGAUGACGUCACAUGGUUCUCAAAAAGCAGCAGAGAAAGACAACUGGGAGACGUUAUUUGAGAUAACGUCAGAAGAACUGGGUCAAAAAUGUGGUGUAGUUUUUAAAGAUCCACCUGACAGCUUUAAAUUCAUGUUUGUAAGAAAUCCUAACAGUACUAAACAGUGGUCGCCUUGA